UUUGGGGGUGAUAUUUAAAAAAAAGAGGAGCCUGGCGCGAAUUGUUUGGAUCCCCGGUGAUUCUCUAACCUGGACCACCAGCUAAGCUUCAUAGAUGAUCUUUCCCCGUGCGACUUCGUGGCUUUGGUUCACAGAGGACCGUCUGCAGACCGGGUAUGGCGGUGGCAAACAUGGUGCGUUUCUCUGACGUAGAAACUUUCUUGGACUCGCACCCGGAGUUGUUCGAGGAGUACCUGCACAGAAAGGGCACCUAUGGCAUGGUGGAGAAGUGGCUCAAGAACCACCCGGCCACCAAGGGUCCGGCGGUCCCGACCCCGUCGGGCGAGCGCAGGGACGACAAGGGCGCCGCGCCAAAGGACAGCUGGGCGAGCAGGUGUGACGGUCUGCAGCGCCGGGCCUCGCAGAGGGAGCUGCGGAAAACUUUCGCCCGCUCCAAAGCCGUCAACAUGAACAGAACCUACGACGAGCACGUCAACUCGCGGGCGCAAGAGCCGCUGAGCAGCAUGCGGCGGCGAGCCCUGCUGAGGAAGGCGAGCUCCCUGCCGCCCACCACCGCGCACAUCCUGAGCGCGCUGCUGGAGUCCAGAGUCAACAUCCCUCAGUACCCGUCCACGGCCGUGGACUUCAAAUAUUACCUCAAGGAGCACAACGAGAGGGAGUUCUUCCUGGAGCUCGUCAAGGACAUCUCCAACGACCUGGACCUGACGAGCCUCAGCUACAAGAUCCUGGUGUUUGUGUGCAUCAUGGUGGAGGCGGACCGGUGCUCCCUGUUCCUGGUGGAGGGCACCGGCAACAAGAAGACGCUUGUGUCCAAGUUCUUUGACGUGCAUGCGGGCACCACCGUGCUGCCCUCGAUGAACUCGGGUGAGGUGCAGGUCCCCUGGGGGAAAGGAAUUAUCGGGUACGUGGCGGAGCACGGAGAGACCGUCAACAUUCCUGACGCCUACCAGGAUCGCCGGUUCAGCGAUGAAAUUGACAAGCUGACAGGGUACAAGACCAAGUCGCUCCUGUGCAUGCCCAUUCACAACAGCGAUGGCGAGAUCAUUGGCGUGGCUCAAGCCAUCAACAAGACUUUAAGUGUGGAACUCUUCACGGAAGACGAUGAAAAGGUGCUGCAGAUGUACCUGCCCUUCUGUGGCAUAGCUAUCUCAAAUGCCCAACUCUUUGCUGCCUCAAGGAAGGAGUAUGACAGAAGUCGGGCACUCCUGGAGGUCGUCAACGACCUGUUUGAAGAACAGACUGACCUGGAGAAAAUUGUCAGGAAGAUCAUGCACCGUGCCCAAACAUUGCUGAAGUGCGAGCGCUGCUCCGUCCAGUUGCUGGAGGACAUUGAGUCACCGGUGGUGAAGUUCACCAAAUCUUUUGAGUUAUUGUCUCCAAAGUGCAGUGCUGACACUGAAUUGAGCUUCAAGGACAGUAUGGAAAAGUCUUCUUACUCUGAUUGGCUCAUCAAUAACAGCAUUGCCGAGCUGGUCGCAUCCACCGGACUUCCUGUAAACAUCAGCGACGCGUACCAGGACCCUCGCUUUGAUGCUGAGGCGGACCAGUUUUCAGACUUCCACAUCCGCUCAGUGCUUUGUGUUCCUAUAUGGAACAGCAAUCACCAAAUUAUCGGUGUGGCCCAGGUGUUGAACCGCCUUGAUGGGAAACCAUUUGAUGAUGCAGAUCAGCGUCUCUUUGAGGCAUUUGUGAUCUUUUGUGGACUGGGCAUCAACAACACCAUCAUGUACGACCAGGUGAAGAAGUCCUGGGCCAAACAGUCUGUGGCUUUGGAUGUUCUGUCUUACCACGCCACUUGCUCCAAGACUGAAGUAGACAAAUUCAAGGCCGCCAACAUCCCCCUUGUGUGCGAGCUGGGUAUUGACAUGCUCUCCUUUGAUGAUUUCUCCCUGGAUGUUGAUGCCAUGAUAACAGCUGCUCUGAGGAUGUUUAUGGAGCUGGGAAUGGUCCCCAAAUUUAAGAUUGACUAUGAGACACUGUGCAGAUGGCUGUUGACUGUCAGGAAAAACUACCGGAUGGUUCUGUACCAUAACUGGAGACAUGCCUUUAACGUGUGCCAGUGUAUGUUUGCCAUGCUCACGACGGCCGGCUUUCAGGAGACUCUGACAGAAGUAGAGAUCUUAGCUCUUAUAGUGGGCUGCGUGUGUCACGACUUGGACCACCGGGGCACCAACAACGCUUUCCAGGCGAAGACGGGCUCAGCUCUCGCGCUGCUUUAUGGCACCUCGGCUACACUCGAGCACCACCACUUCAACCAUGCUGUCAUGAUCCUGCAAAGCGAGGGUCACAACAUCUUCUCCAACCUUUCGUCCGCUGAAUACAGUAACCUGAUGCAGCUGCUCAAACAGUCUAUUCUGGCAACGGAUCUCACUCUUUACUUUGAGAACAGAAACACCUUCUUUGACCUUGUCACCAAAGGAGAUUACAACUGGAACGUGAAGGCCCACAGAGACAUGUGCAGGUCGAUGAUGAUGACGGCGUGCGAUCUCGGCGCUGCCACCAAACCUUGGGAAAUAUCCCGCAAAGUGGCAGAGUUAGUGACCAGCGAGUUCUUUGAGCAGGGCGACAGGGAGAGAUCCGAGCUCAAGCUCACGCCCUCGGCCAUCUUUGAUCGAAACAGAAAGGACGAGCUGCCGGGUCUUCAGUUGGAGUGGAUUGAUGGAAUUUGUGCCCCUCUCUAUGAGACUCUGGUCAAGUUGAAUCCUAAACUUCAGCCCAUGCUCGACAUGAUCCAAGCCAACAGGGCCAAGUGGGAGGAGCUGAACCACGAGCGACAAAGGGGCCACAGCCUUUCCGCCCCCGCGAGCCCCUGCGGCGUCACUGAGGUCCCGGAAAACAUGGCCCGCACAGUUCAGAAGACGAGCAGCGGUGCUGACGACUCAGCGUCUAAAUCGCUCGGUUAGCUUCCAGCCAGACAGGGCACACUCCUUACAUCCUCUUCUCCAUGCUGGCCUACAACUUGUGCAGCGCAUGCGAGCGUUCUCCUUCGAGACGAGCUCGGAAGUGUGCUAAAGGUUGUCAAGGUUUGCAGAGCUGGUCCACACCCACGAGAUGCGAGUCAGCCUGCAAGAAAUAUGUCAGCUAACUAUUUUGGCCAUUGCACACCAAGGCGUGGCCAAAUAUUGGAGAGAUGAUGCUUGUGGCGACUCUCUGUGUACAUAGGCUAUUGAGAGCCGCGUUGCGUUCAAGUGCUCUCCCAAAACUCUGGAUUGUCUUGUGGCUGUUGAAGGAUGAAGUGUUGCAGGAGAGGCAGCUGCAAUGUUCCACUUCCUUCCCUCUUGUGCCUUGUUUCAAAGAGCCCCAUGGAAAAUGCAUGCCCUCCUAACACACACACACACACUUUGGGAAAUGACACCUCUGAUGGAUCUUGUCCCAUCAUCACCGUGAUUCAAAGGUCCUUAAGGGUGCAGACUGUUUUCAUCACUUAGCCUUUAUAAACCCAACAAAAUUUUAGAUUUUUAGCUUUUUAACUGAAAAGAUUUCACAAAAACAUAAACAAGCAGGAAUUACAGCACAGCGAUUUAGUACCUUCAUUUUUCAGAGGAUCAAAAAACGUAUUUCAUUUUUGUCCCAAGGAAGGACGACGGAAAGUAACAGGAGUGAGUUUUUAGCAUAGAAUUAUCAAAUACAUGAAAUUUAGCCUCAUGAGCGUACGAAUGCCAACAACAUAUUGAUAUUAAGCAUGUUACAUUGAUUCGACAAAAUACACAAAUGGCAUCAAAACAUAAUAUUCAGUACUGUGUGAUAAGAACAAUGCUCUCAGUACAAACAAAAGACAAGGCCGACACAUUCAACUUAAUGGCAAAGACUUCUUCCUGGCUGCGGCAACACAGCUAGGGCAAACAUAACAACUGGGCAGCACGGUAUUUAAUGUUAAAUCAUUAAAAUAGAUUUUAUUGUUAAACGUUUAUGAACUCAAAAAAGUACAGAAAACUGCUAUCAAUUCCAAAGUACUGGGAAAAGGGUACUAUUUGAUGGCUGCAAAAUAAUUUUUUAUCCAAGUAUUACAAAUAUGUCCGCCCCUGAAAAUGGAGAUACACAUGUCUUGUCCCUUGCUUAAAGAUUACGGAAUCACCACAUUUAUUAUAUGUCUAUUUUUGGUCCUAAAUGAAAGAUUUUGAAUGAAAAAAAUGGCUAGUUGCAAUCAAAUGUGCAACUAGAGGAGACCAAACCAAUUAGAGCGCACUCGUUCAGUAUCGUGGCCACUGAUUGGCUCAGCCUCAAGCAGCAUUACUAUCCCUGACUAAAAGAGUAUAAAAGGGUGUUAUUCUCAUGAUAUUUAAAUGCUUGAUUUAUAUAGGCUAGUAAGGUCAAGUUUUGUACCUGACAAGUUUCGUGUUGUAUAUUACCUGCUCAGUGGCCUAGUGGUUAGAGUUCAAACCCCGGCCGAGUCAUACCAAAGACUAUAAAAAUGGGAGCCAUUAACUCCCUGCUUGGCACUCAGCAUCAAGGGUUGGAAUUUGGGGUUAAAUCACGGAAAAUUAUUCCCGGGCGUGGCCACCUCUGCUGCUCACUGCUCCCCUCACCUCCCAGGGGGUGAUCAAGGGUGAUGGGUCAAAUGCAGAGGACAAAUUUCACCACACCUAGUGUGUGUUUGUGACAAUCAGUGGUACUUUAAUUUAACUUCCAUCCUUUUGGGUUGGCGGGGGGUGCUGGAGCCUAUCUCAGCUGCAUUCGGGCGGAAGGCGGUGUACACCCUGGACAAGUCGCCAUCUCAUCACAGGGCCAACACAGAUAGACAACAUUCACACACUAGGGCCCAUUUAGUGUUGCCAAUCAACCUAUCCCCAGGUGCAUGUCUUUGACUUAAUAUGGAAAAAUCCAUAUAGCACGUCACUGGUGACGUCACGCUAACAUCACGUGACACCCCGGAUGAAUGCUGCAGAAGCAAGGUCGCCGAAACUUGUCAGUAGGAGGAGCUGCCUGGCGGGCCGCAGCACACCCAGACCACGCCUGGCCACCCUCACUCCUCUGCCGUCACCCAGCUUGACAACCAACCACCACCUCCAUUCGCACAAGGGAGGAGAGCCUCCAUGACCUUUGACCCUGAAUGAUCCCCACCCAAAGGAGCGGGAGAAGGUCUCAAAAGGAGAAGGACCAGCUGCCAGCAGACAGUCCAGAAUGAAAACAACAACUUCCAAGUACAGUAGUUGCACUUUUUGCAGGACUCAGGUGUUGACAAAAAUGUUUGUGCACAACAAAGUAGUUAGUUUGCCGGUGCAGCACAUCAUUCUGCAGAGUCCAGCGCCCACAUAAAGAAUCUCACGUGCUCGUGACUCAGUCUGUUUUUUUUUUACAGAGUACGACUGCAAAAUGAAAUAAGUUAUGAGUGCAAGGAGCGAAUCAACUGAUUUCAAUAGGAAAUGUUGAUUUGAGAUACAAGUGUUUGAG